AUGACGAAAAACAGCUCUUGGUUUCAUGUUAAGACGCCAAACUUUUUUGAAAGCAUUUCAAAUUCACCACGCUUUCAAUCUCCCGAAAUUACGGAUUCUGCGGAGCAUAAUUUAUGGAUGGAAGCUCAACUCAAAGCCUGUGAAUUAUCAAGCCCUCUUCUAAAUGAUCAUAUGCAAAAUAUGAAAAUUUCUAUGAUUUUGGAAGGUGUUAGAGCAUUUGUGGAUGUAAGACUGAAGAAAACGUCAGUUCUUCGUCAAAUGUUACGUGACUUAGGGGCAAAUGUCGAUUUACGAUUUUCAAGAAAUAUUACUCAUUUAAUAUUCUGGAACGGUCGACAGAAAACGCUAGACAAAGCGCAUCAUUUGGGAAUUUCAAUAGUUUCACCUCACUGGAUAUUUAAAUGUUUCAUGGAUCUAAUCCGAGCUGAUGAAGGUCCCUUUUUACUGUACGGUGUCAAGGAUCUUGCUGUUCCCAUGCGACUAAUGGCUAUGGGACGAAUAGGAACAGUUAAUAUGGGCCGACGUGACAGAACCUCAAAUUCAAGUAACAGUUCGCUAAAUCAAUCACAGAUAGUACACGCAAUCGAAGCGCUCUCGGACCAGCUUGCUUCCAAACUUACAUCCCCUGAAAACAAUGAAAAUAUUGAUGUUGUGGAAAUACUUUCACCAAUUGUGGAUCGUGUACGAAAAAGAUUGAAUGAACUGAGUAAUUGUCGAGUCAGUAAAAAACAAAGAAAGCAUGUGAUACCACGAAUUUCGAUGUUUCGUAGAGAAUCUGAGCAGCAGUUUACGCCUCCUACUGCAGAGAGCUCAAUGUCGAUUAAAUCUGUAAAUUUGGUGGAGAUUACACAGAGUGAGCCAGUUAAAAGGCGGGGUCGACCAGCAGUUAAUUCUGAACAGUUAGCAGAAUAUACACCGACUCAUUUUCACAAAUAUUUGCAAAAACGAUAUCGUUCUGUAAGGGCAGAACACGCUACGCAACUAAAUACUGAGAAAAUGGUAUGCAUAUAUAGAAAAAUGAUGGACCAGAACUUUUCUAAAAUCCUUUCAGCUAACCAAAAGCUUUCGACAAGAGAAAAGAUUUCGAAAACGCGACCAGUCGUAGUACGGACUCGUUCAUCAGUCUUGAAUGAGUUGCAAAAUGUUCCUAGUUCUAAUGAAUUUGUGAAAAAGAAAAAGAUUGCAAGGAAAAGAAUUAAAAGCGGUAAUAUUAUACUUUCGGGAAUCAGUAAGAUAGAGAGAGAGACAGUUUUUGCAAUAACUAAAAAAUUGGGUGUGCUAAAAAUUGCAAGCACUGUUGAUGAGCGUACUCGUUAUGUGGUGAGCGAUCAAGAGGGAGUGCGUACAGUUAAUGUUAUGCGAGCUCUAGUCAAGGGCAUACCAAUUGUCACAAUUGAAUGGGCUUACAGCUCGUUGGAAAUUGGUGGCUGGUUAAAAGGAAGUGAUUUUCUUGUUUCACGAUGGAAAACUACUCACAGAGCGUGGCUUGAUGGUCAUAUAUCUCGUUUAUUUUCUGCGUUAGGACCGUUUUAUGUUUCUUCUAAAUGCGAACCUGAAGCAAAGCAUCUUGUGGAUUUUAUCAGAUGUUGUCGUGGAAAAACAACAGAGUCGUUGAGUCGAGCCGUUAUAUUUGUCGCACCUCAAUCAGAAUGGGGGACAUUCAUGCAACUCAGGAAGGACAAUGAUGCGCGGGCAACAUAUAUUACAGAGAAAUCGUUGUUAGGUACUGUCAAUAACUUUUUGACAUUUUCUGAAAUAUAUGAAGGUCGUAUUUUCGAAAAAGGUCUCUCAUUAAUUGUAAAUUCGACUACGGAUUCAAUAUGCGAGUGCAAAAUCAAUUUUUUGCUAUGA